AUGGCGCUUAAGGUGCUCCAAGCCAACCUGAACCACUGUGCCAGGGCUCAGGAUCUCUUCGUCCAGAGCCUGGUACAGUGGUCCGUGCGGGCGGCGGUGGUGGCCGAGCCGUACUCGGUCCCGCCGAGGGAUAGUUGGAUCGGCGAUCGCGACGGGGUGGUGGCCAUCGUGACCCAGGUCGCCGCAGGCGCCCCGCCCCUUACGAACAUUGUGAGGGGCUCGGGUUGCGUUGCGGCACUGCUGGGGGAGGUGGCCAUCGUCGGGGCGUAUUUUUCCCCGAACAAGUCGGUCGCUGAGUUCGAAGCGUUUCUCGACGGGACCGAGUCGAUUCUGCGUAGAUUUUAUCCGGCGGAGGUGCUCGUGCUCGGUGACUUCAACGCAAAGUCACGUCUGUGGGGGUGUCCUGCCACAGAUGCGCGGGGGGCGAUUCUGGAGGAGUGGCUCGUUGCCACCGGCCUGACCGUCCUCAAUCGCGGGACGGCCAACACGUGCGUGCGCAGGUCGGGCGGCUCGAUCGUGGACGUGUCGUUUGCGAGCCCCGGCCUCGCGCGCCGCGUUCGGGACUGGCGAGUGAUGGACGACGUGGAGACUCUCUCAGAUCAUCGUUACAUCCGCUUCGAGAUCUCCGCUCGUCCGGCGGUGCCGCCAAGCUCCAGCCGCGCCCCGGCGGAGGAGGGUCCUCGGUGGCAGCUGAAGCGUCUCGACCGGGAGCGACUCGACGAAGCGGCGAUAGUGGCGUCGUGUCAGCCGCGCGCCGACGGUUCACCGGACAGGGUGGCAGACUGGCUGGUGGCCAGAAUGACCGACGCGUGCGACGCGGCCAUGCCGCGGUCGAGGGGUCGCCCCGGGCGGGCUCAGGUGUACUGGUGGUCGGAGGCGAUAGCGCAGCUGCGCAGGGAGUGCGUGACCGUCCGACGCCAGUACACGCGCUGCAGGAGGCGCAUCUUCAGGACGCCCCCCGCUUCGCAGGACAGGACACGGCACGAGGAGGAGGGCGAGCGGCUGUACGCCCUUUACACGGCAGCCAAAGCCAGCCUCCGUCGUGCCAUCGGCGAGUCGCAGGCCGCGGCCAGGGAGGAAAUGCUGGACGGACUGAACAGCGACCCGUGGGGGAUGCCCUACAAGCGGGUACGCAACAAGGUCCGUCCCUGGGCUCCUCCACUCACGGAGACCCUGGACGCCGAAGUGGUCCGUGAGGUGGUCGCGGCCCUGUUUCCGACGGCGCCGGCCGAGCACGAGCCGCCGUCGAUGGCACCGCGUGGAGAGGAUCGAGACGUCGGAGAGGAGGCACCGGAGGUCGAAGAGUCGGAACUCGGGGAAGCAGUCGCGCGGCUGCGACGGAAGAACGUCGCUCCAGGCCCGGAUGGGAUUCCGGGGAGGGCGUCGGGUCGUGGCGACGCGUCUGGUGGCGCACCUCGGGCGUCGAGGACCCGACCUCUCGGACGUGCAGUGCAGGAAGCGGUGGCCCAGGGCGACGUCGUCGUGGCGGUGUCUAUUGACAUCGCCAACGCCUUUAACACGUUGCCCUGGGGUUGCAUCAGGGAGGCGCUUCGCUAUCACGGGGUGCCGACCUACUUGCGUCGCGUGGUCGGUGCCUACCUCUCCGACAGGUGGGUGGUCUUCCCCGGAAGGGAUGGUCGGCUUGUGAGAAAGGAAGUCGUGUGCGGUGUCCCGCAGGGGUCGGUGCUUGGGCCACUCCUGUGGAACAUCGGAUACGACUGGGUGUUGCGUGGCUCGCUGCUGCGCGGCGUCAGCGUCGUCUGCUACGCCGACGACACGCUGGUGCUGGCCCGCCGACCGACGUAUCGGGAGGCGGCAGUGCUGGCGACCGCUGGCGUCGCGCAGGUCGUGGCGCGAAUCCGGCGCUUCGGCCUCGUCGUCGCGCUGGACAAGGCACAAGGAAUAGUCUUCCACGGCCCCAGGAGGGCGCCUCCCCACGACGCCCAUCUUAUCGUGGGAGGCACUCGCAUCGGCCUGUCGGGCACGAUGACGUACCUGGGUCUCGUGCUCGACGGCCGGUGGAAGUUCCGGGCGCACUUCGCGCGGCUCGUCCCGCGCUUGCUGAAGGUGGGAGCCUCGCUCUCGUGGCUUUUGCCGAACAUCGGCGGUCCCGGUGUGAGCUGCCGCCGGCUCUACACCGGCGUCGUGAGAGCGAUGGCGAUGUACGGUGCCCCCGUCUGGUCCGACGCCCUGGACCGCGAGAACAUCGCCCUGCUGCGGCGCGCGCAGAGGGUGAUGGCGAUCAGGGUCGUACGCGGGUACCGUACGAUCUCGGGCGAGGCAGCGUGUGUGCUGGCUGGAGUCCUGCCCUGGGACCUGGACGCGGUCUCUCUGGCGUCGUCAUACCGGCGGCGUCGGAGUCUGGCGUCCGGGACCCUCAGUCCGGCACCACGGCUUGCAGAACACCUGAGGCGAGAGCGGGAUGCCGCGAUCGCGGAGUGGGUUGUGAGGCUCGAGCGUCCGAGUGCGGGGCACCGGACGAUCGAUGCGGUUCGGCCGGUUCUUCGGCAGUGGUUGGACAGACGGCAUGGCGUCCUAACCUUCCGCGCCACGCAGGUCCUCUCGGGGCACGGUUGCUUCGGGGGGUACCUGUGUCGGGUCACCGGGAGGGAGCCCUCUCCUCGCUGCCACCACUGCCAGGAUUGUGACGACGAGUCGGCGCAACACGUGAUGGAGGAGUGUCCGACGUGGGCGGAGGAGCGGGAAGAGCUCCGAAGCGUAGUUGGGCCGGACCUUUCGCUGCCGGCCGUGAUUUCUGCCAUGACCGGCAGCGAGAGGUGCUGGGACGCCGUCCUCGCGUACUGUGAGCGGGUGAUGGCGCAGAAGGAGGCGGCGGAGCGGGUGAGGGAGGACACCACCGACCUCCCCCUCCGCCGCAAAAGGACCGGGCGUCGGAGGCUGGCGCACGACAACCGCCUCCCUCCCUAG